CUCGCCCGGAGCGGAGCAGGGUGAGAUUUGGGUGUGGUGCUAACUCACGCAGCAGACGCACACACACACAAGGACACAUAUCGUACACAUACCGACCUACACACACGGACAGAGAUAUACGUACAGCGCUGCGUUGUUGUAGGUGGUGGUGGUGAGGCUCGCUGGCUGGGUGGGAGGCUAUCGUCGAGAUCACACUGCCUGCCCGUCGCCACAGCUGCUGCUGCUGCAGCUACUGCUACUCAUCCUCCUCCUCCCACAAGCUAAGCAGGAGCGGGCAGGCGAAGGGCCACCACCACCAUCACGAUGCCGCAACUCGGCAUCACGGCGCGUCUCCAACGCGAGCUGCUGAAGGCUGACGGCGUGGGGGCCACCUGCGACAGGGCGAGCCAGCACAUGGGCCAGGACUUCGAGCGAAUUCGACAGCGAUGCCUCGAGAGUGGAGCCCUCUUCGAAGACGACCGCUUCCCCGCCGCUGCGCCCACGCUGGGCUUCAAGGAGCUGGGGCCAGGCUCGUCCAAGACCAGAGGGCUGCAGUGGUGCAGACCGCCGGAUAUCUGCAGCAACCCGCAGUUUGUGGUUGGCGGUGCAUUACGCACAGAUAUCUGCCAGGGAGCUCUGGGCGAUUGCUGGCUGCUCGCUGCCAUCGCCUCGCUCACGCUCAGCGAGAAGCUCAUGGCGCGCGUGGUCCCCGUGGGCCAAACCUUCGAGGAUGCCUACGCCGGCAUCUUCCACUUCCAGUUCUGGCAGUUCGGGGAAUGGGUGGACGUGGUCAUCGACGACCGCCUGCCCGUGAAGAAUGGCGAGCUCGUGUUCGUCCACUCGGCCGAGGGCAACGAGUUCUGGAGCGCCCUGCUUGAGAAGGCCUACGCCAAGCUGCACGGCUCCUACGAGGCCCUGUCUGGGGGCAGCACCACGGAGGGGUUUGAGGACUUCACGGGGGGUGUGGCGGAGAGCAUCGAGCUCAGCAAGCCCCCGAGCAACCUCUGGAGGAUGCUGCAGCAGGCGACGCUGCGCGGCUCGCUCAUGGGCUGCUCCAUCAACAUCACGAACCAGGCGGACUCGGAGGCGAUCACCUCCCGCAAGCUCGUCAAGGGGCAUGCGUACUCCCUGACCGGCACGACGGAGGUCGACUACCAGGGCCAGAUGGUGCGGCUGGUGCGAAUCCGCAACCCCUGGGGCCAGGUGGAGUGGACCGGAGCCUGGAGCGAUAACGCGCCCCAGUGGGGUUACGUGAGCGACGAGGACAGGGGCCGCCUGCAGGUCAGCCAGGAGGACGGAGAGUUCUGGAUGUCCUUCGAUGACUUCCUGCGCCAGUUCUCGCGUCUGGAGAUCUGUAACCUGACCCCGGACGCGCUGGAAGACGACUCACUGGGCCACUGGAGCGCCACCAACUUCGAGGGCAGCUGGGUGCGUGGGUGCAGCGCCGGUGGCUGCCGCAACUUCAUCGACACCUUCUGGACGAACCCGCAGUUCCGCGUGCGCUUGGACGAGGAGGACGACGACCCCCACGAUAACGAGGCUGGCUGCACGUUCAUCGUGGCGCUCAUGCAGAAGGAGCGGCGCAAGAAACGGCGCCAGGGCGGCGACGUACUCACCGUGGGCUACGCCAUCUACGAGGUCCCAGAGCAGUUCGUGGGCCAGCCGCAGGUGAAGCUGAAGAAGGAUUACUUCCAGUACCACUCGUCCAAGGCUCGCUCCGAGGUGUUCAUCAACCUGCGCGAGGUGUCGCAGCGCUUCACCCUACCGGCGGGCGAGUACAUCGUCGUGCCCUCCACCUUCGAGCCCAACCAGGAGGCCGACUUCAUUCUGCGCGUCUUCUCAGAGAAGCAGAGCGUCACCGUGCCGAUGGACAAUGAAGUGGACAUUACAAUCCCCGCAACCAUGCCCGAUGAUGAGCCCAUUGACCCAGGCUUCUACAAGCUGUUCGACCGGCUGGCAGGGGAGGACCAGGAGAUCAGCGCCAAGGAGCUGCAGAGCAUCCUCAACCGCGUCGUGUCCAAGCAUGCCAACCUGAAGACGGAUGGCUUUGGGCUGGAAGCGUGCCGCAGCAUGGUCUCGCUCAUGGACAAAGACGGCACUGCCAAGCUUGGCGUGAAGGAGUUCAACUUUCUGUGGAAGAAGAUCAAGAAUUGGCAGCAAAUCUACCUCGAGUACGACACGGACAGUACGGGAACCAUGAACUCCAUGGAGAUGCGAUUGGCGCUCGAAGCAGCGGGAUUCCGCCUGAACGAGAAGCUGAACCAGAUCGUCACGACCCGCUAUGCGGACGGCGAGAACGGCAUCACCAUCGAUUUUGACAACUACGUGUGCUGCCUCGUCCGCCUGGAGACCAUGUUCCGUACAUUCCAAGCCUUGGAGAAGGAUGGUAACGAGAAGAUCAAUCUGAACCUCCCGCAGUUCCUCCACGUGACCAUGUUCGCUUGAGAAGACGAAGGAUCACAAAGAUGGGGGGGGGGGGGGGCGGUGUCCGGUGGAGUGUCAUCACUCGAAAGCUAAAGCAAGAAUCUCCUCUCAAAAGAAAAUAAAGAAAUAUAAACAUGUAUUUUUUAAGUCAAGCAACAAAUUAAUGUUGUCAAAAAAUAUAUAUAUCCUCUCAGCCAUAAUGAACGCCCAGUGGUAGAUUCUGUAACAUCUCCAUGUGUGCACUCUGUAUAACUCGCUACAGUUCCAUUUCCUCUCGGGGUGUUCUCGUUAUUUCUUUAACGAGCUUCUCGCUUCUCAUCGUGUCGAACGCCAUUUCUUUUCUCGCUGCUCUGUGACCGCACAGACGAACGGUUGGGGUCUCUUAAUCGUUUGUCGCGUCACCAAAAACGUUUCCAAACUACGGUCCAGGAGAGAAAUGGCCGGUAGCCGUGUCAGAUAUUUUUUUUUUACACCUUUAGUCUCAUCGGGUCCCUGCUGACAGCUUUUUGUGUUUAGUUUGUUGUCCUUCCCCCGCACCUCUGAUUAGCGUGGAUGGCUACGUACGGUGGGAAAAAAGUUCAACAUGCAUACAGGUCUAUUCAGGUCAAAAGCGUCUCUCGCCAUUCAGGCACACGUUUGGGUGGUGCUCAUCUCUGUUCGGCGGCCUUCAGCCAUUGGUGAGGACGGCCUCAACAGGAGGAUCACCACUAUACACGGAACCGAAAUAAUGGAAGUUUGGUGGUUGCUGCCCUUGUCUCGCGUGGAUUUUUGUAGCGAUCGUUCAGUACCAACGAGACGGAUGAUUCAAAUGAGUUGGUGCAAACAAGAUGGAUGAUACAAAUGAGAUAGAAUAUAAACCAUAAACUACAAAUGAUAAAAAAAUUACACGAACAUCGCUUUAAUGAAAUUGGCCAUUUUGUUUGGCAAGAAAUUUCUCACACACGUCUGACAGAAAAUGCAGAUGCUAGCCGGUACGUUGAAACGUUUUACGAUAGCCUAACAAGAAAUCACGGUGAUUGCAACGAUGGUGUUUUACUUCCACCCUAGGGUCGGCGGAGAUGACUGCCCGCUGGAGUUGAUCGCGCAAAGGCUGUGUUCAACGUGCUUGGGUUCGAUCAUGGGCGGUGCCGUGCCCGUUGCCUCAGUCAACAGCCCCUUGUAGUCGUAGUCCAUCGGCCCCGAACCUGAUAUUUCACUUGUCCCGCACCACCUAAGAGGUUGGCAUAGCUUUUGUGGUGCUGAUUUAUCUUUGUCACCAUUCACAGCGGAUUACGCGGUCACCAUCAGAAAUGAGUGGCUUAUCCAGUAAGUUUACUCGUACUGGCCGUGUAAAUAAAUUGGGACGAUAUAUUUGUUGCUACCUUUGGUGGGUACCAAUAUCUGCUCUGGCUCACGGACUGUUCACGCCGCCAGGGACUCGUCACUCCUUGCCGUGCCUUCUGCCGAUCCACCCUCAAAAGUCCCCUGCCCUUCCCUGCCCUCCACUGCCCUCUACUGCCCCGCUCACUUCUCCGCGUCUCGCCGACACACGUGUGUUUUUAGGGCCUUUGGCGAGACCGAAAAUUAUGAUUUGGUAGAUUUUAGCAUUUGUGAGCAAAUGAUGUCUGGUUUUUAUGUUGUUGGUGGUCUUUUUGAUUUUUGAUACCUCCUUUGGAAACGUAGCUUCGAGUGAAUUUGUUUUCGGUCGCGCAUUGGGCAAAGGCGAUCAUUUGGCAAAUGCUUAACAUUGGGAGGUGAAUCCGUGAUUGAUGAGUAAUCCGGACUUGGUGUGGUCGUACGUGUGUGUACAAGGAAUACGCUGUAUUGGAGGUUUACUUAAACAUUUUCACGCAUGAUGGGGACUAUAUUACAGUAAAUACGUUUACUUUCUCGUACGGGAAAUGACAAGUUACUUCAUAUGAAAAAACAAUGUACGUCUUAUUCAUAGGUUACCUGCUUUUCACCCGUGCCACCCAUUAGAGGUGUAACGAUGCAUCAGUCAGCAUCGAUUCUUAAUCUCGCGAAGCUUCCAUCGAAUCGCAUUUGCAAGAACCGACGUCUGACUCCUGCAGCCACGAGAGAGCGCUACAUUUACGGAAAUGUUAACAAUAUCCGCAAAUGGAUAUUCUUUUUUCAAGCUCUGUAUUUGAAUGGAAUCGCGACUCCGUAUCGCGGCGGUAAUUCUUUUAAGAUCGUCAGUUAAAUUGUUACACCUCCUAGGGCGCGAUGCGGUGGACAAGGCUGGCUCUCCCGCGCUAAGCUUCUGAAGCCAUCGCUGAGUGCACGACGACGCGUAGACAUUUGUGAAUGCUGCUGCUGCGCAUGGCCUUACGGAUUGACAUUUCACCGCAAAAUAAACUGAUCAGCAGCUCGGCUGACAAUGUCACGCACCGAA